AUGCCGAAGCAAACGGAUCAAAAAGCAUGCCUGAGUACGUCGUCCAACCCUCUUUCGUCUGCCCCUCCAUUCAUCCCGGACACACCCGGUCCAAAGCCGCCCCCGAAAGACACCCCGUUGGUCGUGAUUGAUGGCUGGGGCAUCCCCUCCAAGGACUCUCCUAAGAAUGGCGACGCCAUCACCAACGCGAACACCCCCGUCAUGGACGAGCUCUCCAAAAGUGCAACCGGUUUCACCGAGCUCGAGGCAUCGUCGCUUGCUGUCGGUCUGCCAGAGGGUUUGAUGGGUAACUCCGAGGUCGGACACUUGAACAUUGGUGCCGGACGUGUAGUAUGGCAGGACGUUGUCCGCAUCGACCAGACCAUCAAAAAGGGGGAGCUCGCACAGAACGACGUAAUCAAGAAGACCAUCGAUGCUGCCAAGAGUGGUAACGGCAGACUGCAUCUAUGCGGUUUGGUCUCUCACGGUGGUGUGCAUUCCAAGCAAGAGCACUUGUACGCUCUUUUGAAGGCUGCUAAGGAUGCGGGCAUCCCCAAGGUCUUCAUUCACUUCUUCGGUGACGGCCGUGACACCGACCCCAAGUCUGGUGCAGGAUACAUGGAGGAGCUUGUCGCCAAGACCAAAGAGAUCGGCAUCGGUGAAAUUGCCACCGUCGUUGGACGGUACUACGCCAUGGACCGCGACAAGAGAUGGGAGAGAGUCGAGCUUGCUUUGCAGGGUAUGAUCUUGGGAGAGGGUGAGGAGAGCUCUGACCCCGUCAAGACCGUCAAAGAGCGUUACGAGAAGGGUGAGAACGACGAGUUCUUGAAGCCCAUCGUUGUCGGUGGAAAGGAAGGUCGUAUCCAGGAUGAUGACGUGGUCUUCUUCUUCAACUACCGAUCCGACCGUGUUCGUCAGAUUACACAACUGCUUGGCGACGUUGAUCGUUCACCAAGACCCGACUUCGCUUACCCCAAGAACAUUCGCCUUGUCACCAUGACCCAGUACAAGCUCGAUUACCCAUUCGAGAUUGCCUUCAAGCCUCAGCACAUGGGCAAUGUCCUGGCUGAGUGGUUGGGCAAGCAGGAUGUCGAGCAAGUCCACAUUGCUGAGACAGAGAAGUACGCACACGUCACCUUCUUCUUCAACGGUGGUGUUGAGAAGGCUUUCGCGCUUGAGACCCGUGAUGAGUCUCAAGAUCUUGUCCCGUCCAACAAGAGCGUGGCUACAUACGAUAAGGCUCCCGAGAUGAGCGCCGCCGGUGUUGGCAAGCAAGUUGUCAAGCGUCUGGCUGAACAGAAAUUCCCCUUCGUCAUGAACAACUUUGCUCCUCCGGAUAUGGUUGGUCACACCGGUGUGUACGAGGCGGCCAUCAUCGGUUGCGAGGCCACAGACAAGGCCAUUGGAGAGAUCUACGAGGGCUGCAAGAAGGAGGGAUACGUCCUAUUCAUCACUGCUGACCAUGGCAACGCUGAGGAGAUGAAGUUCCCCGACGGCAAGCCCAAGACUUCGCACACCACCAACAAGGUGCCCUUCAUCAUGGCCAAUGCACCUGAAGGCUGGAGCCUCAAGAAGGGCGACGAGGGCGUGCUCGGUGAUGUGGCACCUACCGUUCUUGCGGUCAUGGGUCUACCUCAGCCUGAGGAGAUGACUGGCAAGAGCUUACUGGUCAAGGCCUAGAGCUCAGGAACACCGUGGGAAGGCGUCUUUCAGACAAAAAGAAAGCAGGGAAAAAGGAAGGAUCCAGGCGCUCGGCAUGAAAUUUGCAGCGGUACGAAGAGAUGAUAGAAUAUUAUAGACCAAG